UGGGGUGGAGGAAAAAUAAUUCUCGGUAUAUAUCAUAGAUCCCGGUGAAUCAUUUAAACAAUCAUUGCUAUAUUGUAAAAGCUGAUGUUAUCAUUUCUGUCAUAUCACGCCAAAAAGCACUAAAAUACUAGGGAACAGGAAUUAUUUUUAAUCUCAGCCGCUGCAGAGCUCGUACAGAUCUUGGGCAAAAUGCACAGUUUGCUUGUUUACCUGGAUUUGAGCUCUGUGAGUUCUAUGUUGUUGAAAGCAGAUUAUAAUAUAUCAGUAGUAUCUUCGUUGUGUGGGGUAGGACUUUUUUCAGCAGAGAGUAUGGAAAUAGCAAAUUCCAUGCUUGGAGUAGAGUCAAAACAUUUCUUGCUCGUCGGAUUGGCCCUGGCGCACAGCUCGUAAUAUAAGCUCUUGUUUGUAGCACUCUUUCUCGAGGUGUUGCGUACCACCAAUAUCCAUCGUGUCUCCAAUUGGUAUUGGGAAUUCCAUUUUGAUCUUCAUUUGUAGACCGGUCGCACCUCUGGUUGAUCUGUUUGACGGUCCAGUCGUUUCAAAGUUCAUCUUCCGAUUCUGUAUCUAUUAUAAGCAUUCUGGAUUGUCCUCUUCAUUAUCAAAAGGGAUAUCCCUCCAUAAUCCUCCUUACUUUAGCCAACAAUUGUAGAGUACUUUUUGGCUCUUUGUACCCACGUUCAUAGUCGAGUAGUACGGUAAGGGGAGGUUACGUCAAAACAUAGCAGAAGCAUGACGUCUCGAACAUUGCUGUCAUGUCGGAGUAGAUUUAAAAAUUUAACUAGAAGAUCUACGAGUAAUACUGCUGACGUAGGCAAGCUGCAAACUUCCGAAGUAGCCGGGCAAGUGAAGGAACGACUUUUGGAUCGUUGGGCAAAAUACUGGAAGAACCUUUACAUCGACUACAAAGAUGUUGCUCUGGAUGUCGUGCAGGGAUGUAAAGAGAGGCCAGUUCGGGCCUUCACUUAUUUCUCCCUUUUAGGAAGUGCAUACUACCUCUCAAAACACAACCCUGACGAAAGUUCAUACAGAGUGUUGCUGCUGGAAUCUUCAAAUAAGCUAAUGCUAGUGGGAAAGCCAAUACGCAAUCCCGUGAGCGUAGGGUACAUUCAAUCAAUAGAACAGUGUUACAACGAAGGUAUUAUUCGCAGGUUCAGCCUAGGAAUUUUAUCUUUCAUAUGGCUGGAUAACUAUGAGAAAGAAUGUGCCCACUAUAAAGCUAGGUGUUCGUAUCUGAAACCACAACUCUUGGGAUUCCAUCAUAGAAUCAUUGACAUUGGUUUCAUGGAUACGUGGUGGGUGCUGGAAGAGAAGAUGAAAGAUUUCGACAUCAAUGAAGAGGAAUUCAACCACCCUUCUGAUGAUAUAAAAAUCGUUACUACUUAAAGAUCCUAAACAUAGUGAUUGAUUACAAAAGACUUCAAUAGCAUUUCGUUGUAUAAACUCUGUAAAUAACUGUUAUUAAGGUAAUGUCUCAAAUAUUUCAUGAUUCAUCAUCUGGUGAACUGUCA